AUGAACAAGGGAUUCGUCGAGGCGCAUGACCGUAAGAAGCAACCGCAAAAGUCCAGAAACAUCGGCAAAAAGCGCGCGAUCCAGGGAUCCACCCCGACUACUACAAGCAUCAACACCGCAGAGACCCUCAAGUCUCUCUGCAAUCACCACUACACCUUACACACGUUACAAUCCCAGCAUCACACUGCCGAAAUGUGUUCCGCAGACAUCUUCCUCGGCCUCCUGGCCCUCCUCUUCCCGCCUCUCCCAGUCUGGGUCAAGCGCGGCAUCUGCGGCGCAGACUCAAUAAUCAACAUCCUCCUCUGCCUCCUAGGCUACAUCCCAGGCCUCAUCCACGCCUGGUACAUCAUCGCCAAAUUCCCCGAGCCAGACUACGAAUACGAGUCCGUCCCGCAACAGGACCGCGAGGGCGGCCGCGUCACCUACGUCUUUGUCCACGGCAACGGCCCCAACGGCAACGGUCCUCACACCCAGCAGCCGCGCCAGCAGCCCCGCCCCUCGCAGCACGGCGGCAAGGGUAACGGCGCCGUCGGAUACGGUACCACGAACAACAGCAGCAACAACAACAACAAUGCUGGCGGUUCCUCGAGACAGCAGCAGCAGCCUCAGCAGUACUCUGCGCAGCAGGGUGGCGCCGGCGAGGGAAGCAGCGAUGGUGCUGUGCCGCCUAGCUAUGCUGAGGUCGUGGCUGGCGACAACAAGAUUCAGACUCGGGAUUAG